CUCCACGCUUCGCCCGUGCCCCGUGGAUGCCCAGCUGCUUGCAUCUGCACGUCCGACCUCCUGAGCUGCACCCAGCAGAUGUUGCAGCAGGUCCCUCGAGCGCUGCCCCCCACCACAACCACGCUGGAUCUCAGCCACAAUGCCCUCACCCAGCUCCAUGACUGCUGGCUGGCUGCCCUCCCACACCUUGAGGCCCUCCACAUGAGUCACAAUCAGAUUAAAGACCUUUCUCCGCAGGCCUUCCACAAUGCCUCCUACCUGCGGCAUCUCGACAUGUCCUCCAACCACCUGCAUGCCGUCAAGACACACUACUUUGAUGCGCUGGUGAGCUUAGAAGAGCUUCUGCUCUACAACAACCAGAUUGCCCGAGUAGAUGAAAAUGCUUUUGCCAAGCUCAGUGGCUUGCGGAAAGUUUACCUGAGCUGGAAUAACCUUACCAAUUUCCCCUUCCGCUCAGUGCAAGGUCUCGGCAACUACAGCCUCCGCACACUGGACCUCUCCUCCAACAACCUGAGUCACAUCCCUGUGGAGGAGCUGGCAAUGUUGCCUGAAAACAUCAGGAACGGCUUGUAUCUGCACAACAAUCCCAUGAGGUGCAGCUGUGCGCUCUACCUGAUGCUCCAGAGGUGGACGCAGCAAGGUUUCAGCUCUGUGAAGGACUUCUUUGAGGAACACACUUGCAAGGUUUCUGACAACGUGCCCCGAUCCCUGAUUAAGUUCCUCAAAUACAGCCAGAUGUUUGAGAACUGCUCAGCGAGCCCUGAAAACCUGCACCCCCUGCCUUUCCCAGUGCUUGUGGGAGAGGCCCUCCUGAUCACCUGCAAUGCCAGCCUGCCGGAGACAGCCACCACCUACAUGUGGAUCUCCCCUUACUAUGAGCCCAUCAAACACCCGGGCAACAGCAACCGCUCCUUAGAGGUCUACCGCAAUGGCAGCCUAAAGAUCAUGGCGGCCAAGCCCUGGCACUCAGGGGUUUAUGUGGGCCUGGCCAUCAGCAGCCCCCAAAAUUUCAGCAGGAUGUGUGAAGUCAAUGUGACUGUCCACUAUCCCAAGCCAGAUGGGGAGACUUUCAGCACAGGCCUCACAACCCUCUUGGGGUGCAUAGUCAGUCUGCUGCUUGUGCUCAUUUACUUAUAUCUCACACCAUGCCGCUGCCUGAAGUGCUGCAAGAAACCAGCUCCUCUCAGCCCUCCACAAGAGUGCAGCGCCCAGUCCUCCAUCCUCAGCACCACUCCGCCAGCUUCAGAUGGGCCAAACCGCAAGGUCAGCACCAACAAGCACGUGGUCUUCCUUGAGCCCAUCAGGGAGACGCAGAAUGGCAAGAUUCGCCUGGCCCCUGGCGAAGAGUUCCCUGAUGCCAAGCACCCCAAAGUGCUGCAGCUCAAGUCAGACUCAGAGUCCAUCAGCUCUGUCUUCUCGGACACCCCCAUUGUGUCAUAGCAGGGAUGAGAACUGGAGCCUCCCGAGAGCUGGAUCUGCCUGGAAGAGCUGUGUUUUCCUCCAUCACUGCUAAAAGGAGGAUUAUCAAGCACUCCUACUUCCUCACUUGACUGCUACCUGUGAGGGCAAACCUGCGUCUCCCACAGCUGCUUCAUCCAUGAGCCCCUCGUACGCUUUGGGCUCAGCAGGUACACUGGUGCCCAGCAAGAGCUCCUUGUGUAAGUCACUGGCAACUGCCUCUUUAGGGUGAAUGGUAACACUAAUUAACCUAGCACUUCUGAGAACCAAGCCCGCUUUGUGCAGGUAGUUGAACUUUAACAGUGACAGAAAGGCUAGCUGGCUGCCACAUCCCCAGGUACAUGAAACGCAACCCAAGCGCCACCGCCAUAGAUCCCCCACCCUAACCCUAGCAAUAGCCGUGAACAGUGUUUUUGGGUUGGGGGGGUGGGGGGUGGGGGGCACCAUCCUUGCUCGUGCCCCUGAGCCCGUGGGGGCCAGAAGUGCCACCAGCCUCCCCCAGCCUGCGCCGGAGCACAUUGGCAGUGCUGUGGCCCAGAGCAGAGGGUCUGCAAGCCUGUUGCAAGGGGAGCUGGGCUCCCUCUCGGUGCUGCCUGGAGCAGCCAGUGCCACAUAUUCAGCUGUCAUCAAGGGGGAGUUCGGUAAGUGCUCCCUCACUGAACAUGUCUGUGCAGGGAAGAGGGCUUUCAGCCCUAGAAAAGCUAUUCAGCUAAGUAAAAUGUUACAAGCUUUUGCCUCUUAACAUGCCCAAGAAGCUGUAAAUGGUAAAGACAGGCAUGUAUUAGGUGAUGUGAUACAGCGCCUAGACCCGCAAUGCUCAGAGCUCCCCAGGCCACCAAGGACGAUGAGGUCUCAGAUGCACCAUCCUCCCUUCUCUGUUUCUCCUUGAGACGGACAAACACGCUGCUAAAGCACAGCUAUUUAGGCAGUAAUCUAAUAAGUGUAUCGAUAAAUGUGAGUAAUCUCUCCUCUCUUGGGUCAUAAUUCUUUAGUUACAUUUGAAUAAAAAAAAAAAACAAAAAAAAGCCUAUUUUUUUUUAAGCUUACACUAGCCUGAGUGUCUCCUUGUCCUUGCAGGGGACUGGUGCAGAGCUGCCCUGGCCUCUCCUGGGUGCAGCUGUGGGAGCUACUUUCUGCCGCCCUUUUUGCCAGGAGCCUGCUUGGUUUGGGGGAGGGAGCCCCAAAUUUCCUGCUGACCCAGCACAUAGAGUCAGGCAUCAGUGGCUGUGAUUCACAAUGGGCUCACAGCCUCUUUUACUGUCAAAUAGAAUUAAGUUUGCCAGGGGGGUUAAAUGUGCAGAGAUAGAGCUGGCAGCCCAGGGCCGGUGAGAGGAGUGUCAGGUCACUUGUCCCCCAGGAGAGCAGGGCUCCAAAUUGACAGCUUGGGAAUUGGGGAGGGAGCAGCGCUGACUGACACACGAGUGGCAAGAGUCAUCUCCAGACCCCAAAAGGGAGAAGCCAGGAUUUAGACCUGGGGAAGAAACACCUUUGGGAAAUACUUCAGCCUUUCCUCUGGGG